AUUGACUUGGCUUAUUAACACAUUUUUGUCAAAAUCUACAACAGUUUUCAAGUAGUGCAGUUAUCUAGAAUAAUUGCUAAAAUCAACAUAUCAUUUUAACGGGAAGAUACUUUCAGAAUGUUGUAAGUUGACUUCAUUAUGUAUCCAAAAAGAUUUGGUUUUUUCUUAGGGGUAUUUGUGUUUUUAUUGGAAAUUGAAAAAAAUCUCUGUGUAGUAAGUGAUUUUGACGAGUACAUUGAUGAAGAUUUUAACGCAAGAGACUCAAAACAAUAUUGGCCAAAACCUGGUUUGGUACGCUUCGCCCAAAGCGUUUGUACCACCCAAGAAGGAUACUUGGGCACAUGCCUCACCAGAAGACAAUGUACCUAUAUAGAUGGAUCCCAGUCUGGAAGUUGUACUUCAAACGGAGUUGGACGAUGCUGCUUAGUCCAAAGAACUUGUGGAGAAAGUUCCGCGUACAACAACACCUACUUUUCAAGCGCCAACUACCCAGUCACCUUCAACGGAGACACUACUUGCAGUUUUACCAUAGAGCCUUGUCCAAAUACCUGUCAAGCCCGAAUCGAUUUUUUAAAUUUCGUACUAGCGCAACCUGACGGCAAUGGUAAUUGUGUGGACGAUAGCAUGGUGGUAACUGGAUCUGGUGGUAAUGUUCCGAUUAUUUGUGGAGACAAUUCUGGUCAACAUAUUUACGUUACUUUUAUGAACAAUAAUAGUAUAACUAUUACUGUAACUACCUCCGCUUCAGUGGAUUUGGAACGUAGCUAUAACUUCUUGGUUACGCAGAUUGCUUGCGAUUGUCCUACAUUGGCCCCAGCUGGUUGUCUACAAUACUAUACUGCCCUCACUGGCACAGUAAGAAGCUUCAACUACGGGACGCAAAUCAACGGAGCUGUUGUUACCUACGAUAAUGCCACUACAGUAGCAGGUACACGACAACUAGCAAACACAAACUAUGGAAUAUGCGUCUAUAUGCAGCCCGGAUACUGUUCAAUUCAAUGGGCUCAAAGUGCUGACAGUACUUCGUUUACAGUGACAAAUAACACGGCACUAGUUGAAGUGGUAUCUGGAUUACCGGCAGAUCCAGCAACUGGAUUCUCGUGUACCACCGAUUACGUUGUCAUACCUAAUCCGGUUUAUGUAAAUGGGACUGCUGUUAAUACUGAUAGGUUUUGUGGCAAUCAGUUCAAUACUGUAGUUACUUCUUCGAAACCCUUUGUUUUAACUACAGUCACUGAUGCUAGUGAGCUUACCUCAGGAGAUGUUGCCAACAGAGGGUUUUCACUAACUUAUACUCAAUUGGCUUGUAGAAAUGUUAAUUCUUUGUUAAUGUUAACUGGAUAAGGCUUUAAUAAAC